AUGGAUACCGAACCCACUCAACUCCAGGCUCAAGUCAAUCGACUCCAGCACGAGCUUCAAACCUUGAAAGCUCAAUAUCACUGCGAAGAUGAUGAGCUUAUCACCAUCUCUGACUACAUCUUGAAGAGAUUGGAACAGCUCAACGUGACGUCCAUUUUCGGAGUACCGGGGGAUUUCAACAUGCGUAUGGACUUCAUUGAAGACCAUCCCACAAUUCAAUGGAUCGGUAACUGCAACGAGUUGAACGCAGCUUACGCAGCCGAUGGAUACGCCCGCGUCAAAGAGCAUAGCAUUGGUGUAGUCGUCACAACGUUCGGCGUUGGCGAAUUGAGUGCCAUCAAUGGAAUUACAGGCGCGUUCUCUGAAAUGGUCCCUGUUCUUCAUAUCGUCGGAGUGCCUAGCACUACGCAAUUGAAGGAUAAGCCUUUGCUCCACCACACACUUGGUGAUGGACGAUUCGACGCAUAUACGAAAGUUGCGGAACAAACUACCGUUGCUCAGGCCAUGAUUAUGGAUAAAGCACAAGCUGCGGCCGAAAUCGAUCGAGUUCUCAUGCAGUCCAUUAUCCAUGCUCGCCCCGUUUACCUCGCCCUUCCAAUGGAUCUUACCACCGAAAAGAUCUCUGCGAAGCGCUUGAAGGUCGAACUUCCUCGAACCCCUCCUCUCAAUGACCCGGACGUCGAGAGCUAUGUUCUCGACGAGAUUAUGGAACUCGUAGAGGAUGCUAAACUAGACGUCGUUGUCCUUGUCGAUGCUUGCGCUAUUCGUCAUGACUUGCGCCAGGAAGUCAAUGACCUUCUCGUGAAAACACAGUUCCCCGUAUACGCGACACCAAUGGGAAAGACAGCAGUGAGCGAGGAGCAUGAACGAUACGGUGGUAUCUACAUCGGUUCGAUUACGCAUCCGUCCAUCAAGGAGAGGGUUGAAAACGCAAACCUCAUCCUCUCGAUUGGCGGGUUGAAGUCAGAUUUCAAUACGGGAAUGUUCACGUACCAUAUUCCUGCGAGACACACCAUCGAGUUACAUUCUGACCAUACACUAGUUCGCCAUGCAAGAUUCCCGGGCAUAAGAAUGAAGUGGCUUCUUCCCAAGCUCUCGGAGAGGCUGAGUAGACAUCAGGAGGGUGCAUCACGAAUCCCCGUUCCGCACUAUCGGCUAGAUGUUCCGAAGGAAAUUGACGACAAUAUUUCGCAUGCUUACUUCUGGCCUCGCGUAGGCAAAUUUUUCCGGAAGCAAGAUGUAAUUGUUGGUGAGACUGGCACAUCGAACUUUGGGCUUUUGGAUAUUCCAAUGCCUGACAAGUGCAUUUUCGUCAGCCAAAUUUUGUAUGGAAGCAUUGGAUGGGCGACCGCUAGCACCCUCGGUGCAGCGCUCGCAGCUCGUGACAAAUGUCUUGGGCGCACUAUAUUAUUUACCGGUGAUGGUAGCAUGUGCACAUUUCAUGCGGCAGGACAACUGACCGUGCAAGAGAUUUCAACCAUGAUCCAUCACAAACUGGCGCCAAUAAUCUUCGUGCUGAAUAACAAGGGCUACAAUAUCGAGAGGCAUUUGCACGGCCUAAAUAGGCGAUACAACGACAUCGUAGACUGGAAAUGGGCUUCGCUCCUCAAUACUCUUGGUGAUAUUGAGGGUAAACUGUCAACAUCGUACACGGUUCACAGCAAGUCAGAGCUCAACAAGCUUCUCGAUGAUGAGGAAUUUGCAAGUGCGCAGAAGAUACAGUUGGUUGAAGUAAUCAUGGAUAAGUACGAUACACCCCGUGCGUUGCAAGCAUCCGCGGCGUUGACUGCAAAGAUUGCGGCGGGGCAACUCUGA